AUGCUCAGGAUUUGCCUUCGAUCACGGGUGAUAAUCCUUCUGUGGAGGACGAAGCAGGCCCUCUCCCGGCAGAGGAGUGCUUGUCAUGAGGAUUGGAAACAUAGAUUGCAGAAGUCCUUCAGCGACCAGGGCGGCAAGCUCGCAUUCCAGCACAUCCAGAGUGACUUCACGCCUGAGGUUGCACAGGUGACAGUGGUUGCAAAACCUGCCUUGGUGUCCAGAUGCCGCAGUAAGUGUAAACCAGUGUUGCAGCUACAACAGCCAGUGAAUCCUCCUUCUCGUGUGACUUGCAAGGGACAGACCUUGGAGCUGCAUCAGGAUCGCAGGACCAUUCUCCUUCAUCCGGGUCAGGAGGUGAGUAAGGCGGAUCUUCGUGGCUCACCCACCUGA